AUGGCGGUGAAUGCAUUCAAAGUGCGUGCCGGCUCUUCGCAACAUGCAUAUGGUGGUCAAUUGCGCACCGUACAACGCAUCUUCAGGCAUGAGGACUACUCUAGUGCUACCUACAAUCACGACGUCGCGCUGUUGCAGCUCGAGCAAGACUUGAUAUAUACGCAAGCGGUGAAACCAGUACAAUUGGCAGAAUUGAAUGCAGUUUUGUCUGCACAAGCGAAGCUGUACGUUAGUGGCUGGGGCCUAACAAGCGAGACGGGAUCUGUUUCAUCGGCGUUGAACUACGUGGAUGUGAAUCUUAUAUACCAAGAGACGUGCAUGCAGAAUUACAAGUACGUUGUGCCCAUCACCACAGAAAUGUUCUGCGCUGGCUACAGAAAUGGUGGCAAGGACGCUUGUCAGGGUGAUUCCGGUGGCCCGCUGGUCGCGUACUAUCGUGGUGCGGCGAAAUUGUAUGGUAUUGUGUCGUGGGGUGUGGGUUGCGCACAAAAGGAAUAUCCGGGUGUGUAUGCCAAGGUGCCCGCGUUGAGACCGUGGAUUGAUGAGAAGUUGGCGAGUAUUGACAAAUGA